CGUUUUCAAGGGGACAACAAUAUCGCGAAACAUUGCAUUCUAGUCCCUGUCCUCUAUAUCUUGUCCUCAGCAAUCAUGGGUGAAAAUUUAAAAUUGAAAGCUCCUGCGAUUCCUAGCUGGCAACUCUCACACUCGGACAACAACACAUCGAAUUCUGCAACGGCCGUCAACGCUCCAAAAGUGGAACUAGAGAAGACAGACUCCCCCGCAAGAGAGACUCUCAUAGAGCAAGCUUCCGUCUUCCUCGAAGAUGAGUCCAUACGAGAUGCGCCUGCCGAUAAAAAGAUUGCGUUCCUCGAGUCUAAAGGGUUGGAAAAUGCGGACAUCCAAAAACUGCUCCGUGUUCCAAGAAGCCCCGAGGCUACAAAUGCAGGCACGAAGUCGCCAUCUAUAUCUACAGAUUCCGUGAAGCACAUACCAUCCAGUGCUCAGUUAGCUCAUGUAGACACAUCUAGUGCGACUUCACCGUCGCCUCCUUCAAACAACCCAAGCCCUCCAACGACACCAACACCGCCAAUUAUCACAUACCCCGAAUUCCUUCUCCACACCCAGAAACCACCACCUCUAGUUACCUUGCAGGGUGUUAUGUACACGCUUUAUGGUGCUGGCGGACUUGCUGCUACAUUAUAUGGCGCUAGCCAGUUCCUUAUCAAUCCAAUGUUGGCGGAGCUGUCACGCGCCCGACAUGAAUUAGCCGAAACAACCCAACGCAACCUCAGUACUCUGAAUGAAAAGCUCGAAAACACGGUUUCCUCAAUUCCGCCGCCGCCCAUCCACCAGCAUUCCUCGCGGCAUGAACAGGAUUUAAUCGAUGACGAUUCCGCGUCCAUAAUCUCAGAUCCAACAGAGCUGUUCCACAGAGACAUUGCAACCCAAACAUCCCCGGAACUCUCACCCAACCCCACAUUGCCAAUCGAUGGCCUCAACGCUGCCGACCUUCUAUCAUCAGAAAAGACUGUGGAUACUCAUGUGAAGCGUCUACAAUCGAUAUCUUCACAAUUGGCUGAUUACCUAUCCGAAGAGGAUAACUCUGGCAUCACACAUAGCAGUACCGAGAAGUCUCUCGGUGAAUUGAAGAACUACCUAGACGGACUGAUCUACAACAAUCCUUCGCCGUAUCUGGGCUCGAACCUAUACAGACUAUAUAACGACAAUUCCGGAUCAAUAAGUGGGAAUUUCAGUGACGUGAGUGAAGAGGCGGAUGCGAUUGCAGCUUUCAAAGCGGAAAUUCGAAGUGUCAAAGGAACAUUGCUAAGUGCAAGGAAUUUCCCUGCUGGUGGAGGAAUCAGAGCGCCAGUUCCAAACACGGGUGCCCGGUAGCCCGGUGGAAUCAAAUUUUAUUCCUGCUUUUCCUUCAUGUACCUGAUGUUUCCCCCUAUUAUAUCUGUUUGAGAGAGAGCGUGCGAACCAAUAUGGUCAUGCCCCCAUUUCUCAGGUGCAAUUCCUGUAUAUCCUUUAUAUCAGUUUCCUUCUUACAUACCUAUUUUAAUUUAUCAUCAAGCUGUCAAUGAACCUUACAAGCAGGAUCAUUCUGGGCCAAUGUAUUAUUCAAUUUUCCCGUUCA